AAAGUAUUCAAUUUCCAAAAUAACAUAAGCUAGAUCGAUGAAUUUCAUGGGUUUUUCAAGCCAAAUUAGUUUGUCACUUUUCCUUGUCCUAGCAAUUGGGUCGGUUUUGGCCUCGUCUCGUCUCCUCAGCAAUGAGCCAUGGAUGAUUGAGAAACACGAAAAGUGGAUGAAUUUUCAUGGACGUGUCUACAAAGACAAUAUUGAGAAAACUGAACGAUUUCAGAUAUUCAAUGAGAAUGUUAAGCGUAUUGAAACUUUGAAUAAAAUGAAUAGGGGGUUCACCCUAGGUGUUAAUGCUUUUGCUGAUUUAACCAACGAGGAGUUUCGAGCUUCUCGUACAGGUUAUAAGAGGCAGUCCAAGUCCAACCACUUCGACUUACAUUUAAAAUCAAAAUCAAAAUCAAAAUCAAAAUCAAAAUCAAAAUCUUUUAAAUAUGAAAAUUCAACAGGUGUCCUUGCAUCAACAAUAGAUUGGAGGAAAAACGGCGCUGUUACUUCCAUAAAAAACCAAGGCGAAUGCGGCUGCUGCUGGGCAUUCUCUACAGUAGCAUCCAUGGAAGGCCUAAACCAAAUCAAAACAGGCAAACUAGUUUCUCUUUCCGAGCAAGAGCUCGUCGACUGCGACACAGAGUUCGACGAAGGUUGUGAAGGCGGUCUAAUGGAUACCGCUUUCGACUUUAUCAAAAGCCAUGGCGGUCUCACCACUGAGGCCAACUACCCUUACAAGGCUACCGACGGAAAGUGCAACACUAAGCGAGCAGCUGUGAAUUCCGUCUCUAUCCACGGGCACGAGAAUGUCCCGGCAAAUAACGAAAAAGCCUUGCUAGCUGCUGUAGCACACCAGCCAGUAUCGGUGGCAAUCGAAGGGGGUGGGUUUGACUUCCAGUUUUACUCGGGCGGGGUGUUUAAGGGAGAGUGUGGGACGGAUUUAGAUCAUGCUGUUGUUGUGAUAGGGUAUGGGGUGGAGAAGAAAGAUGGGAGUAAGUAUUGGUUGGUGAAGAAUUCAUGGGGGACUGGUUGGGGAGAGAAAGGGUUUAUGAGGAUUAAGAGGGGUGAUGGUCCUAAAGAAGGUCUUUGUGGUAUUGCUAUGGAUGCUUCUUAUCCAAUUUAGUAAUUUCGAAAUAUGAUAAAUAAUAUUGUCCAUGACAUAUUGAUCAAAUUGUAUUAUAUUAUAUGGGCUUUGAAGCAAUAGGUGCAUGAAUUGAAGUCCCUUGUAUAUACAUACAUGUAAUUUGAAAUUCAAAGUAGCUAUAUAUAGCAACUUGCAAGUGUACAUGCAUGCAAGUGUUAUUAUGUUUGCUAUGCUUUGUAAAUUUGAUAUAUUCCGUAGAAA